AUGAAUAAAAAUUGGUUUGGAGGAUUUUUAAACAAUGUCAAACAAACAAGUGGAUCAUCUAGUGGGGGUAGUGGUGUAAACAAUGUAUCAGUUGAACCAUUAAUGGAUAAAAUUCAAGAUGCGUCAUCAACUAUUGAAGUUAAAAAAGAGGCAGUAACCCAGUUAUCAAGUAUUAAUAGAAGUUGUCAUCAAGCAGUUGGUGCAAGAAUGUCUGUACUCACAAAUUUAUUAGAACAAAAUAAAGAUGAUAUCGAAUUAGUCCGUGAAAUCAUUCAAAUUCUUACCUUAAUUAUGACAACUUUACCAAAAGAUGAUAAUAUUAUUGAAAUUCACAAUACAGAGUUAUUUAUUAGUGUUAAAAGUAAUUUUGUAGUUAUUUGUGAUCUUUUAAAGGUCAAUGAUUAUUAUAUUAAAUAUUAUAUUGCAAGAUUUUUAGUUAUCCUCAUCAAAAAUAGAUUCGAUGCUGUACAAGAAGCAAUAUUAUCAUGUCCAAUGUCAAUGCCAAAUAUAAUGUCAUUAUUACUUGAUAAAAGAGAAGUUAUUAGAAAUGAGGCAUUAUUAAUUAUUUUGGAAUUAACAAAAUCUAAUCAAGAAAUUCAAAAGAUUGUUGCAUUUGAAAGUGCAUUUGAAAUAUUAUUAGAUAUUAUUAAAAGGGAAGGUUUAUCAGAGGGUGGUGUAAUUGUAAAUGAUUGUAUCUUAGUUUUAAAUAAUCUAUUAAAAGGAAAUGUUUCAAAUCAAAACUUUUUUAGAGAAACUGGAUGUAUUCAAGGAUUAUCACCAUUAUUAGAAGUUCAAAAUACAGAUAUGUGGAUAUUAUCAGAUAAUAAAUUUAAUAUUAUAAUGUCAACAUUGGAUAUAAUUUUAACAUUGGUAGAGAGAAAUAAUGUUAGUACACCACCAAAUCAACAUGUUAUUUCACAUAGUGGUAUAAUGAAUUUAAUCAUUCGUUUAGGGUUGGGUAAAAUGUCAUCACAAGUGAUUCGUAGUAAAAGUUUAUAUACAUUGGGAGAGAUCAUUCAUUUGAAUCCAGAGAAUAUCUCUGAAUUUAGUGGUGUAACAAUGAAGAGUGAAGUUUCAAAGCAAAGUCAAACUGCAUUACUUCGUUUAACUACAGUUAUGUUAUAUAGUAAAGAUAUCAUUGAAAAAGCUGCUGCUUUUCAUGUUUUUAAAUCAUAUUUAUAUAAUAAUGAAGAAGCUCAAAUGGCAUUAGCUUCAACUAUAAUUUCAGAUUCAUCUAAUAAUAAUAAUAAUAAUAAUAAUAAUACAACUAGUGGUGAUUCGACAUCAUCAUCAAAUAAUACAAAUUCAAAAUCAAAUUCACCAAUUGAUCAACAACAAAAAUUACAAUUAGAAUUUGAAAAUUUAUCAAUUGGUCAACAUCUUUAUAAGGCAUUAUUUAGUUGGGAAACACCAAUACAAGGUAAACCAUUUGAUAUUUCUUGUUUUUGGUUUGCAAGUGUUGUAUUGUUAUAUAUGUUAAAGGAUUCAAUUCAUACUAAAGAACAACUUUUAAAGAUGCCAUUGGAGGUUCCAAAAUCAUCAGCAGAAGCUCAACAACCUGUAACUUUAUUCACAAAAUUAAUGGCUUGUUUAAUGGCUACCAAGAAACAAGAUAUUGAUCCAACUAUUAAAAUUGGUUUAUUGAAAUUAUUGGCAGUUUGGUUAGCUGAUUCUCCAAAAAGUAUAAAAAUAUUUUUCGACGGUAAUCAACAUUUAGCAUUCUUGGUUGAAAUUAUUUUAUCACCUUUACCAACUGGUAGCUCCACAGUUGGUAAUCCAAAUUUACAUUCACAUAUUCAAGGUUUGUGUACAUUGAUUUUAGGUAUUUGUGCUCAAUAUAUGGAUGAUGAAACUGCAGAGAAAAAUAAAUCAAAUCUUAGUUCAAUCAUUAAUCAUCGUAUCACUGUAAAUACUUUUAAAGAGAAAUUAGAUUCAUUAAGAAAAUCAGAUUCAUUUACAAACGCUGAACAAGGUGAAGAAUCUUUUGAUCCUUCAAGUACUGCUGCUAAAACAAUUAUACUUUAUGAUUUUGAUUUCACUAUGUUCUUUAAAGAUGUUUAUGAUAAAAUUAGACAUAUUGGUACUAAUAUUAAUAAACCAAGACCUGGUAAAAGACCACAACAACCAACUACCACUACCAAUACUACACAACAACAACAACAACAACCACCAUCUCAACAACAACCACAACAACAACAACAACAACAACAAUCAUCACCACAAUCAUCUUCACCUUUAAUUCAACAAAAAUAUGAUCACACAACUACUCCUAAUAAUAAUGGUUCACCACAAUCACCACCAAUUCAAACUGUACAACAACUUGAUAAUUCAAUUGAAUUUAAUAAUUUAAAAAAAGUGAAUAAUGAAUUGAUUGAACAGUUAACUGGUAUUAAAUUACAAUAUCAACAAUUACAACAACAUUCAAAUCAACAACAACAAUUACAUCAAAAUCAAUUACAACAAUUACAACAACAAUUAUCUACUCAAGUACCACUACCACAAUCAUCAUCACCACCACCACAACAAACAACAUCCGGUGCCUCUGAACAAGAGUUAUUACAAUUAUUAGAAGAUAAAGAUAAGGAAAUCUCCUCUUUAAGUGAUGCAGUUUAUAAAUUGGAGGAUAUUGUGGUUGCUAAAGAUGAUCAAAUUGAAGAAAUUAAUAAUAUUAUUGAACAAUUGAAACAACAAUUACAACAAUCACAACAACAACAACAACAACAACAGCAACAACAAUCAUCUUCUUCAUCAUCACCAUUUGGAAAUGGUGGUAAUGGAUUGGAUUCUUCGGACUACUUUGAACUUUUACGUCUUAGACAAGAAAAUGAACCAACUCAAAGUCGUGUUCGUCAAUUAGAAAAUGAAGUUUCUCAAUUAAAUCAAAAAAUAAUUUAUUUAACAAAUGAAAAUCAAUUGAUUCAACAACAAAAAGAAGAUGCUCUCAAAAAGAUAACCUCAUCACCAACCUCUAAUAAUAAAAAUGAACCAAAUUCAUUAAAAUUGGCAAAAUUAGAAGGUGAAUUAUCAGAGAUGAAAAUUAAAUACGAAUCAUUAAUUAAAGAACAAGAUGAAGUUUUAUCUUAUUCAACAAAGAUUGAACUUGAAAACUCAAAUUUAAAGAAUCAACUUUCAAAACUUCAACAAUAG